AUGCAUCAUCUCCCGCCAUCAUCGUCGCGCGCCUCCCGCCGUCGCGCCGCGCCUCCCAGCGCGCUCCCCGGCCCCGCCGGGUUCAACGGCCGAAGCGCGGACGACGACGCCGUCCCCGACCCGGACUCGCUCUCGCCCACGUGCGCGCUGCCGCUGCGCAUCGACACGGACGGCGACCUGCCGUACUCCGAGGCGUCGCGUCGCUACCGACGCACCGUCUAUCGCCACGACGACUGGCUCACGCAUCGCUCGUCCACGCGGCUGUUCGGCAACCUCUCCGGCACGCUCACCUCCGGCGUCGUGCGGUCGCUGCUGACCGAGGUCGCCGCGGUCGCGACCAUCGCGACGUUCACGUGCGCGUGGAACGCGAGCCUGUUGGGUCCCGUGGACUUCCGCGACGUCGCGCGAGACCCGCUGUUUCCGACGCUGCCGCGAUUCCUUUUGAUGCAGCUCCCCGCGUUGCCGUUCACGCUCGCGUCGCCGGCGCUGGGCUUGCUGCUCGUGUUUCGCACGAACGCGUCGUACGCGCGAUGGGUCGAGAGCAGGGUCGCGUGGGGUCGAGUCGUGAGUCACUGUCGGAACGUCAUGCGACAGAGCUCGCUGUGGCUGAACGUGGACAGGGAGCCGUUCGUGGUCGCCGGGUCGCCCGAGCUGAGAGGGAAGGCGUGGGCGUUUCCGCGGUGUCUGGCGUCGCACGUGUCCGGGCCCGAGGACGAGGUCGCGCUCGCGAGGGAGUUGAGGCUGCGGUUGGGGGAGAAGGACGCCGCGAGGUUGUUGACGGCGCCGAACCGGCCGUUGCAAGCGCUCGCGGACCUGUCCUACUGCAUGAACAAUCUCCCGAUCGACGAGAAACGCCGCGUGGAGAUGGAUAAGUCCAUCAUUCUCCUCGGCGACGCGCUAGAGACGUGCGAACGCAUAUUCACGUCCCCCGUGCCUCUGGUGUACACGCGACACACGGCUCGGUUUUUGUCGUUUUGGCUGCUGCUUCUCCCGCUCGCGCUGUGGGAACCGUUCGGGUCGUCGUGGAACCACGUCGCGAUGAUCCCGUCCGCGACGCUCGUCGCGAUCUUUUUCUUCGGCAUCGAAGAGCUCGCGGUGCAGCUCGAGGAGCCGUUCAGUAUCCUGCCGUUGAAGCGGCUGUGCGACAACGUGUGGGACGGAGGCGCGUUCAUUUUGUACUCUGGUUCCCAUACGACCGCGUUCGCGAUGUGA